AGUAAUUGCAUUCAGAAUUUAGAGUGGAGGAUGUAGCAUGGUGGACCAUGGCGCUACAUGAUUUAAGAAAGAUAUAUUUUCAUAAAAUAUAAAAGCGAUUCUUGUGUGUAGCCGUUUAUAUUUUGACAAUUUUAACAUGGAAACUCGAACAAAUGAGUUAUUAACAACAGGUCCUGUAACGAUUAAAGAAGAACCACUUGAUCAAACUGGCGCGAAGCAAAACAUGCAACAAUCUCAAGUACAGGGCGUUUGCAUUGAAGAAGAAUGUGAACAACGUAUUGAAUGUACAACUGAGGGCCAAGAGACUGAAACACGUGCAUUUUUAUCGAAAUGUGUAUUCUGUGGAAAGACAUUUACUUUUGGUGAUGAUCCAAAACUUUUGGAAUGUUUACAUGCAGCAUGUUCGACAUGUGUCAAUAGCAAACUUAGUGAUCACAAUACAUCAGUCGACGUGGAUGUUUUGUUGGAGAGUAAUGUGAUUACUUGUCAAAUAUGUAAUGUAACGACACAAGCAGAAAAUUUAAUUGAAAAUCGAUUUUUAUCAAAAUUUAUUGAAGAAGAUAAUAGUCCAGGUACUGAUGAUGAAUCUAAAGAAACAGAAGAAGAGAAAAAAUGUACUAGCUGUCAUGAUAAUGCUAAUGCCACAAGUUGGUGUGUAGAAUGUGAAGAAUUUAUAUGUCAAAAUUGUGUUAUGGCACAUCAAAGAUUAAAAAUAACAAAAGAUCACACAAUUAAACCAAAGGAUGAAGUUGCCAAUGAUAGAGAUAGUGUUAAAAAAAGCAACAAAAAAAUACCUGGCUACUUAUUUUGUACAAUUCAUUCACAUGAACAAUUAUCUUUAUUUUGUCAAACAUGUGAUAAACUUACUUGUAGAGAUUGCCAACUAAGUGAACACAGAGAUCAUAAGUACAAAUUUAUUCAUGAAAUUGCUGCUGAAACCCGUACUUCUGUAUCGACUUUACUUAAAGAAGUGAGUUAUAAACGAGUUUUAUUAAAAAGUGCAAUGAAAGUUAUAGAAGAUAGACAAGUUCUUAUAUUAGAGAAAAAGAAAAAUUUAGUACAAGAUAUAACACAAAUGGUGGUGCAAUUAACAAAUACAAUUAAUACACGAGGAAAACAAUUAGUUAUGCGUUUGAAUGAAGUUUGUGAUCAAAAGCAAAAUACAUUAAAUGAAAAAAAAGUUGCUUUAGAUCAAUUAUCAAAACUUACAGAUCAUUGCAUUCAAUUUGUAACUCAUGCUUUAAAAAAGGGUUCAGAUAUGGAAUUAUUAUAUAGUAAAAAAUCUGUUACAAGUCAUUUACAAAGAAUAAAAAGUAGACGAGCUGAUAUUCCAAAUCCAGAAAUACCAGUUAGAAUACAUUUGUCCUUGGAGAAAGUACCAGAUUUGAUAAAAGUGGUUUCAUCUAUUGGAGCAAUAGUGGUGGAUGGUAGAGUAUAUCCUUCAACAUCUCCAUUGAGUGGAAUAAAUACACCUGUUAUAUCAUAUAAUGAAUCACAAACAGAUCAAAAACAAACAACAAAUUUGUCAAAUACACAUAUGGAUGGUUCUUCCAUAACUGCACAAUUACCUACUACAACACAACAAUCUAAUAGUAUGCAACAAAAUUCUUACCAACAAGUGCCUCUUCAUAUAGCAUCUCAACAGCAACAACAAACACAAUCGCAAAAUUAUGUACAACAUUAUCCUAUAAAUAAUAUGCCACCUCGAUCAUCACCACAAGCGCAUCAACCACGGGUACCGUAUGCAGUUAAUUUUAACAACAGACUACAACAACCAAUAAUGAUACAACAACGUCCUUUGGGAAGCUGUCAUCAACAAGUAACAUCAUCCACACAUCCUCAUCAACAAGUACACAUAGAUCAACUUGGACAAAAUACGAGUUUACGUGGACUUCUUGCACAUAAUCCACCACCUUUUCGACCUUCUACAAAUCAUGUAUCAUAUCGAUUGCCACCUUAUAGAUAUCCUACAAAUAAUUCUCAACGGCCAGUACCACCACCUGCAUAUCAACCAACAAAUACAUCAAUGGUAUCUGGUAUUAGACUUCAACAAUGUAAUCAAACUUCUCCAUCCACACAACAUAUAAAUUAUCCUGUGCAACAACCAACUACAGCCCGUUGGCAUAUACCUCAAAAUGUUAAUCCUUGUCUUCCUUUUUAUGCUUCCCGUCAUCAAUCAAGUACACCUUCCAUAUCAGUUCCUAAUGAUACUUACAAGAUAACAUUAAAAAAUCAACAAUCAAAUACAAGUCAAAAAUAUAGCACACAGACGACUACUGCUUCUGAUAAUCCACCUCAAUCACAAAAUUCAAUAUCUAUUGGUCAUACAGUCAGUUCGUCGGUAUCUAAAACGCCUAGUCCUGUGCUUCCUGGGAAAUCAGAUGAAACUGAAAAGAGUUUAGACAAAUUUUGUCAGAAAUCUUUAAAUGAUCUGAUGCUUACUAUCGCUAAAUUAGAUAGUAAUGGAAUUGUAGUUAUACCAGAAGCUCAACGUAAUCAAUUAGAUUCUGCCCAAGUAGAUAGUUCUACUGAUGAAGGAAUAAAUCCAAUGACCGAAAAUUCAUCAGAUACCUCAAAAAAUGCUGCAGCAUCUAUGGCAAAAGAUGAUCCUAAUGAAGACUGGUGUGCAGUAUGUAUGGAUGGUGGAGAUGCAGUACUUUGUUGUGAUAAAUGCCCGAAAGUCUUCCAUUUAUAUUGUCAUAUUCCUAGCUUAAAAUCAUUUCCUGAUGAAAGUGAAACUUGGCAGUGUAUGUUAUGUACAAAUGUAUUAGAUUGUUCAGAUGAUCCACCAGGAGAAAAAAGACCAAAUACUAUGAGUGCAAAAGAAUUGCGAAUUGCACAAAGAAUUGUAUUAGAACUUUAUUGUCAAUAUGAACAAAGUUUACCUUUCCGUGAAGUUGUAUCCAGUGAGAUAGUCGACUAUCAUCGCAUCAUAAAAAAACCAAUUGCAUUAGAUAUAAUUAGAGAUAAAUUAAAAUCUGAACAUCUAAAUCAUUAUACAGACUUAAGACAAGUAAUGGCAGACAUCAGAUUGAUGUUUAAAAAUGCUUUUACCUACAAUCCUGUUGAAUCACAAGUUUAUCAAGAAGCACGAAAUUUAGAAGAAUUUUUCGAAAAAUUAUUAUUAAAAUGGGCACCAAAUUAUGCCUAUGAUGAUCCUUUUCUUUCAGCUGAUAAAGACGAGGAUGAAGAAGUAUUCCCUCCUAAUAGAAAAUAUCGUCGUAUAGUUACAGAUUAAUUUCCAUUUUUCAUAAUUAAGUACGUAAAUAAGUAUAUUAUUUUUAAAAUAUGUAGCAGAAUCUUUUGAAAUAAUCGAUACUUAUGUAUAUUUAACAUUGCUUUUCAUGUUUAAUUGAUAAAAUACUUUAUAUUUACUAACAAAUUGAACAAAUGUUUACAAUUAUAACAUAUAUACAUAGAUUUCUUCAAAUUUUAUGUUCAAUGAAGAGAAUUUUAUAUCAUGCUUAAUCCUGUGAGCUUAUUGCAUGAAUUUGUAAAUUAAAAGUGAGUUGUUAUUCACAAAUUUUAAAAUAUUUGUAUAUUUACUAUUAUCUAUGAAAUUGAUAAAAUGUUUAUCGUUCAAUUAUUAAUUGUAUUAUUAAAAAAUAAUUAUGUUAAUUUUGCAAUAAAAUAUAUUGGUAAAUAUACAAGUAUAUUUUUUAUAAAGUAUUACAAUAUAUAUAUUAUAUAUUCAUAUACAAUUUUAUGUAAGAAGUAUUGUAGGGAAUGAACUGAGUAUAUUAAAAUUAAGAAAAAAGAAUUAUAAAAAAAAAAAUUUUCAAUAUAAUAUUAUUUUUUAAUUAUGAUCAUCGAAAUUAUAUUAUUGUUCUUUUUGAAGUGGACAUCUUCAAUUCGAUUACAAGUUCAAAUAAAUCUCAUCAUAGAUUAUGUAACUUAUUUAAUAAGAGUAGAUAUUCAAUUGAAUUUGAAUUAAUUAGAAUAAACAAAAUUAAUUACUGUUAUAUAGACUAUACAUUUUUAAUAUCACUAUAAAUAAUGUCAUUUUAGAUAUGAAGAAUAAAUUGAUUAGGUAAGAGAAUCUGUAACAUCUCAUCACGUAAGGAUAAAAGUAAUAUCUAAUUUCUUAAAUAAAAUGAGAUGACAUAUUAUUUUGCAUAAAUUAAAUUGAUGUACAAGAUUUAUCUAUUUAAAUAAUUUCACAAGAAAUUAUAGGUAGUCCAAAUAAAAAAAUAAAUUAAUAUCACCAUAAAUAUCUAAUUAUAAAUUAAUACUAAAUUAUUACUUAUAUUUUAAAUGAAUAAUGAAUGUUAUAUAGAAUUUCUUCAAUAUAAUGAUGUUAUAUAUAAUUUGUAUGUAAUUCUUAGUAAAUAAUUUGUUAUUUUUUAUAAAAAUGUAUCAUUAAUAAGCAUAUUUGCUUGAUUAAACAUACUUUAUAUAUUCAUAAUACAAAUAAUACUUAAUUCUUAUACAAUUGAACUAAUAUUAUUACAAACUAAAAUAAAAAUUAUGAAUGCUAAUAAAUUUUCUUGUAUAAAAUUUAUUAUAUAAGAUAUUAAUAUAUUCAUACAAUAUCUUUGAAAAAUGGAUUCUGAAAAUCAACAUAAAAUCAACAAAAAUAAAUAUAAAAAAAAAUGUUGAUUAGAUUUAUUUAUUAAGUAAAUAAGUAAAGUUUUAUGUUGAACAAAAUGAAAUGGGAAAAAAAUGAAAUCAUUUUGAUUCCAAUAAAAUUGAUUCAAAUACAUCGCAUUCUGUUUUUGUCUUGAUUUAUGCGAAUUUAUCGCGAAUCUUAUAACUUGAUAAAUAAACUUCAACCAAUAUUUUUAUACAUCAACUUUUGUGUUUCAAGUAUUUUAGAAUUGGCAUUCUCACAAAUAUUAAUAUCAUUCUAAUUAUAUUAAUGUAUAAAUAACAACAAUUCUUGCAAUAUUUCUUACAUAAUAUGCUAUACAUUUGUAUUAUCAUUCUAAUAAUAAACUGUAGGAUGUUUUAUUACUUGUUGAUAUGAAGUUACAAUUGAGUAUCUUGCAAUAAUUAUAUUAAAAUUUUAUAAAUUAAAAUCAUUUUUAAAAUAUUUUGUUUUAAAAAAAACUUUUUUUUCAUUUUUAACAUUUAAAAUUACAUAACAUAUUUAUAAUGAAUAAAUUUUUGUAACAUAAUAAUAUAAAAAGGUUAAUGUUUAAAUUUUAUUUAUUUUCUUUUAUUAUAAUUAAUUUUAUUUUUUAAAAAUUUUUUAUGUUUUAAUUUUAUAUUUAUUUGAUAUUACCCAAAUAUAUAAUUAUAUAUAAUAAAUUUGUAAAUUUUUUUAAAUUCAUAAUUUAUAUAAUAUAAAUAAUAAUACUUUGAAUUUUUCUAAAUUAUUCUAAUAUUUUCAUAUUUAUAAUUUAUAAUAAAAAUUUAGUAAUGAAUGUAUUUAAUAAAAAUAAAUACAUUAUUGUAACAUUUCAUAUUAAUUAUUUAUUUUAGUACAAUGAAAAAAAUAAUUUAAAAAUAUAUCAUAAUUUAAAAGAUAUAAUUUUACAAUGAAAAUGAAAUUAAAUCAAUGAUUUUAUAAAUAAAAUAAAUUUAUGUAAUAUAUUUAUAAUAUGUUGCAUGAUAUUUAUAAUAUAAAAUUUGAUAAUAAUAAAAAUAUUGAAAAAUUAAAAAUAAA